AUGGCUCUCUUUUCCCUUGUCGCGCUGUCUGUAUUCGCCUCCUUCGCCUCCGCCAAAUGCUAUGAUCAUUCGCCCGCGUUCCCCAUGCCGUUAUGGCAGCACGGAACCAGAGACCUUGCGUCUGCGUUACACGGCAUAUCUGAGAAGCUCAAGGCCGUCGUGAGCGACAAUAAGUAUGAAAUGUCCUCAUUCUCCGUCGAACUCACUUCAAACAUGGACACACUAUGGUCACAGCACCACACGGCCCGUAAGCAGAACGCGACACGCCCAGGCACAACCCAUGUCAGCGGCGACAGCCAGUACCGUAUAGCUUCCGUCACAAAGUCCUUCACAGUUCUCGGCGUCCUGUACCAGCAUGCUGCCGGCAACCUCAGCCUCGAUGAUCCAGUCCUGAACUACAUCCCGGAGCUUUCCAGCCCAGACAGCGGCAAGCUGCCAUGGAAGGACAUCACCAUCCGCGCUCUGGCCUCCCAGAUCUCUGGACUGCCACGAGAGAUGGGUCAAGGUGACUUGUUCGGCAUCCGAGAUCCCACAGAUUACGGCUUGCCGCCAGUAGAGGGAAACGGCCUGCCAACUUGCUAUUGGUACAAUCACUUCGUCCCAUGCAACAAGUCGGAAUUAUUCCGUGACCUAAAAACCAAGGAUCCGCUGUUUGCGCCCAACCAGAAGAGCACAUACGGCAACGUCAACUUCGCCCUACUGGGAUUGGUGCUCGAGAACGUGACGGGCGUGUCUUACAGCGACUACAUGCGUACUGCCAUCUUCGAGCCCCUCGACCUGACCUCCACGUUCCUCGACGCACCGUCGGAUGAGAACGCCGUUCUGCCUGUCGGACAAUAUUACUGGGGCGUCGACGGCGGUGUUCUCAGACCCAGUGGCGGUAUCUACACCAGCUCCUCAGACUUGAGCAAGUACCUCCGCUACGUCCUCACGCACUUCAACGCCCUUGCUACUGGGGUGAACUGGUUCAUGCCCGCCAGCUGGGCGACAGGUCUACGAAGCUUCUACGGGAUGCCGUGGGAGAUCUUCCGCACGGAGAAGAUACUGCCGGAAACCGACCGCCCUGUGACACUCGUGACGAAGGGUGGUGGGCAGCCAGACUAUUUCUCGAAGAUCAUAAUGAUGCCUGAGUAUGGGCUGGGCUUGACGAUCCUGACUGCGGGACAUCAAGAUUUAUUGGGGGAGUUACAGGAGAUCCUCACUACGAAUGUAGUGAGGGCAGCGGAAGAAGUAAUAUGGCGGGAUGUCGAGAAGACGUAUACCGGCACGUAUCUUGCCACAAACAGUUCACUGAACUCUUCUCUCGAGCUCGCCUCUUCGCCAUCCACAAGCCUCAUAGUCAACACCUUCAUCUCGAACGGCACGAACGUCUUCAACCAGCUCUUGCCAGGCCUUCACGGCUCCGAUGAGCACCCUUGGCGGGCGCAGCUAGUGCCCACUCUUCUGUACAAGAACGAGACAGCACAGCAAGGGGAGGUUUGGCGAUUGCUUGUCACUGCCGAGCGGAUGGGGGAGGAGAGUGGUGUAUGGGAUGACUUCUGCUCUACCGAUAUCGAUGUCGCUUCUUACGCUGGGCUGCCCGUGAAUGAGGUUGUGUUCUGGCAUGAGGAGGAUGUGAUUGAGUUGCCUGCUUGGAGGGUUAAGCUGAGACGACGAAUUGGUGAUGAAGAACAAGCGAAACUCGUCGUCCAAGAGCUGAGAUGA